AUGGAAAUGGAAUUAGCGAACCCGUACGAGGUGGUCCGGCAGCUGGCGGAGUGCAAUGCGGUGGUUGUUUUCAGCAUCAGCGGUUGCUGCAUGUGCACCGUCGUCAAGCGUCUCCUCUUCGGCCUCGGCGUCGGCCCCACCGUCGUCGAACUCGACCACCUCUCCCAUCCUUCCGCCGACGACAUUCAAGCCGUCCUCCACCACCUCCUCCCUCACCAGCCCCACCCCAUCCCCGCCGUGUUCGUCGGCGGCAAGUUCCUCGGCGGCCUCGACACCCUCAUGUCUUCCCACAUCAAUGGCUCCCUCGUCCCGCUCCUGAAGCAAGCCGGCGCUCUCUGGCUCUGA